CCCCGCGGACCCCGCCCAACCCUGCCCAGCCCAGCCCAGCCCAGCCCAGCCCUUCCCGGGGCGGCGGCGCGGGAAGCAGGCGGCGGCGCACGGGCGUCGUCAUGGCAACCCCACCGGCUCCGGGGGCCGGGACCGCUGCCCCCUCCGCCCCUCGACCCCCGCCCCCCCGCCCUUCCUGGCUGCGGCUGGACCCGGCUGCGCGGGGCGCAAGGCUGCCUUUCGCGGAAUCACCAGGGACCACCCGGCGCGCUCCCCGGGAAUCCGCACCCCUGGCCCCAGCGCUCCGGAGCGACCCGAGUCAGCCCCUGGCUGCCUGCAGUGGGCCCCUGGGCGAACCCCGGGCGGACCCAGGAGUGAGCACCCGGUGCGCGGCAACGAUGAUCCCGCGAGGGAAGCUCACGGGAGGCAGGAGCUGUGGCAGCCGCCCCACGAUGGGGCGCGGGGAGCGCGCUGAGCUGUCCUUUCCCGCAGCGGCCCCGCGGUUGAAGCGUGGGCUUGGGUUUUGGUUUUUCUUCUGUGGCAACAGUUCUGUUGAGAUAUUACUCGCCUGCCAUACAACUCACCCAUUUUAAGAGUACACCUCAGGGGUCCUGCGUGUAUUGACAAACCCGCCGCCGUCACCACAGCCAAUUUCAGAACAUUUUCAUCUCUUCAAAAGAAACCCUGUACCCUUCAGCUGUCACCCUCCUGGUCCCCAUCCGGUCCU